AGGAGAAGGAAAUGAGCCGACAUGUCUGAGGGCAGCAAGGGGAGCUCGCUGGCCUUCGGCCAGGUGGUUGUCGGGCCUCCGGGCUCCGGGAAGACGACCUACUGCCAUGGCAUGCAGGAAUUCAUGGGCAGGAUCGGGCGCAAGGUGACGGUGGUGAACCUGGACCCUGCCAACGAGGCGAUGCCCUACCAGUGUGCCGUAGACAUCGCUGAGCUCAUCACCCUGCCCGACGUGAUGGAGAACUUAAAGCUGGGGCCCAACGGGGGGUUGAUCUACUGCAUGGAGUACCUGGAGGCCAACUUCGACUGGCUGCAGGAGAAGCUGGCUGCGUUCAGGGGUCACUACUACUUGUUUGACUGCCCAGGGCAGGUGGAGCUCUACACCCACCACGACGCCCUGAAGAAUGUCUUCGCACAGUUGGCCAAGUGGAAUUUCAGGCUCGCUGCGGUGCAUCUGGUGGAUUCUCACUACUGCACGGACCCUGGCAAGUUCAUCUCUGUUCUCUGCACCUCCCUCUCCACCAUGCUGCACGUGGAACUGCCCCAUGUCAACAUCCUCUCCAAGAUGGACCUGAUCGAGCAAUACGGCAAGCUGGCUUUCAACCUGGAUUAUUACACAGAGGUCCUGGACCUCUCUUACUUGGUUGACCAUUUGGCUUCUGACCCCUUCUUCAGAAAUUACCGUCGCCUUAAUGAGAAGCUGGUGGAGGUGAUUGAGGACUACAGCCUGGUGUCCUUCGUUCCGCUCAACGUCCAGGAUAAGGAGAGCAUGCGGCAGGUGAUGCAGGCGGUGGACAAAGCCAACGGCUAUUCCUUCGGAGACCAGGAGCACAGGAGCCUGGAAGCUCUCAUGUCGGCAGCAGUGGGAGCCGAUUUCCACUUUACUUCCACACUUGCAGUGCAGGAGAAGUAUGUGCAAUCUCAGGACAAAGCCGUGGAAGAAGAAGUGAUGGAUCUGUAACACACCCACCUCUUCCACAGCACCUCUUGGUUUUGACACCUCUCCUUUUCCUACCAGGAGCUUAAGGGAUCUCCGCGUCCGUCGUGUGACUCAGACCAAGUGAAAGCCUUUCCAGGCUGCCGGACUCCCUCGCUGUAAGGGUUUGACCUC